AUGCAUCAUCUUGAUCAAGGGAGUAUAAAUCUUCUCAGCAGCCAACAAGUCAUUACAAGUGUUUUUGAUGCUGUUAAGGAGCUUAUUGAAAACUCUUUAGAUGCUGGAGCUAAAACAAUUAAAAUUUUAAUGGAAGAUAUUGGCUUAAGAAAGAUCGAAGUCACAGAUGAUGGAUCAGGAAUUACUCCAAAUGGAAGAGAUGAUGUUGCACUUCCUCAUACUACUUCAAAAAUUUCAACAAUCGAAGAUUUAAAUAAUGAAUUAUCUACUUUCGGUUUCAGAGGCGAAGCAAUACAUUCAAUAUGCUGUCUUGGCGAUGUGUCCAUUACAACUAGAUGCAAAGGCGAAGAUUCUGCUCUCACAAUGGUGUUUAAUCACGAUGGAACAAUCAAAUCUCGCAAGAAAUCUACGGCGAACGUUGGUACUACAGUAUGCGUACAAAACCUUCUUGACGGACUUCCAGUUAGAAUUCGAGAUGAAAGAGCAAAAUUCAAUCCAGAAAUAUUGAAAGGAUUACUCAGUCGGUACUAUCUAUCAGCCCCUCAAGUACGAUUCAUUGUUGACUGUCCGCCUCAUUUUACCGUUACUCGUCCUCCAUUAACCAAUUUACAACAGGCAGUUUCGCUUGAAUUCGGUGUAAACGUUUCCAGCCAACUUUCCAGUCGUAAUUCUGAGACUUUUAUCGGUGAUGUUCGCGUAAAAUUGCAAGCAUUAGUUCCAGAUCAGAAAUCAGAUUGGAAAACGGUUUCUACGAACAGAAAUUCUGCCAGACAAAUACUUAUAGUCAAUGGCCGUCCAGUUAGAAGCGCUGCCGUUGAAAAAGUCAUAAAUGAGAAUUUUUGGAAAGUAUUUGGCACAAUUCCGAAGAGAUUUCCAAGAUUUGUUAUAUGUUUAGACUUUUUCCGUGACCAAAACAUCACUUCCAGCCUCAUAGAUGUAAAUAGAGAUGCAGCCAAAUAUGGAAUCGCUUUUUCUGAAGAACAAUCAAUUCUAAAGUUCAUAGAAAAAUCACUUAGCCUUGAUACCAACCAUGAAAAGGAAGUUUCCCAAAAAACUUCAACGAUUUCGAAAUGGCCUUCAAAAUCUCCAUCAAUUUCGUUAGAAGAUGAAUCAACUCAGUACAACAUUGAGAAAUUCGGAACAUACAAAUGGAAACACAUUAAUUCCUUCGAUGAAUUCCCUCUGUUUUUCGUUGAAGGACAAUCUGACAAACAUAUACUUGCUGUGAAGACAGAAGGACUAUUUGAACAAUGCGGAGUUGCAACCCCUGAAAUAGCUCGCAUUCCCCCUGAAGAAUUAAUUGUUAUGUACUGGGAUAAGAUUAUUGAGUUUGAUAAAGUAAGUAAGAAGGUGGUACAUGUUGCAGAAAUUGUAGAUGAUAAGCAAUAA